AUGCUCACCGCGCCCCGCGGCUGCGCACGCGCGCCCCGCCUCCACCGCGGCCUCCCCCCGUUCGCGCCUGUUGCCAUGGCCGUGCGCGCCCUGCACCGCGCGUGCCUUCCCCCGACGCCCCGGUCCCUCGGGCUCGCCUUCGUGCCUCCCGCGGCCGUCUGCUCUGCCAUCGCUACCGCUGCUGUGCCCGACCGCCGAACCACGCCGUGGCCACGCCGGUUCCGCCCACCACUGCGGCCGCCGACGCGCCGUCCUGCUCCGCCCCACCUUCGGCUCGCUGGGCCGCCGCCCCGCCGUGGCCUCGCCGCGGCCAUCUCCGGCGCCCGCGCUGCAUCGGCACCCCUCCGCUCCCGUGGGUCGUCGCCCGGGUCGGGCGCCUACAACGCCCGUGUGCCCGUCGCUGCCCCCGCGCCAGGACGCCGCCGCCACCCGGAGCGCUCCCCCGCCUGCCUGCUUCUCCUCUCCGCCGUCGUCCCCGUCAUCCACCUCGCGCACCGCUGCCACGAUCCCUACGCCCUCCGUGAGCCGCGCCCCUCCCUCUCCUCCUCUCUCCCUCAACACGCCGCAUCGCCGCUGCCCCGCUGCGUGGCCGCUCCCUUCCCCCUUGGCACGCUCACCGCGCCCCGCUGCUGCGCACGCGCAUCCCGCCUCCACCGCGGCCUCCCCCCGUUCGCGCCUGUUGCCAAGGCCGCGCGCGCCCUGCGCCGCGCGUGCCUGCCCCCGACGCCCCGGUCCCUCGGGCUCGCCUUCGUGCCUCCCGCGGCCGUCUGCUCUGCCAUCGCUGCCGCCGCUGCGCCCGACCGCCGAACCGCGUCGUGGUCGCGCCGGUUCCGCCCACCACUGCGGCCGCCGACGCGCCGUCCUACUCCGCCCCACCUCCGGCUCGCUGGGCCGCCGCCCCGCCGUGGCCUCGCCGCGGCCAUCUCCGGCGCCCGGCGCCCGCGCUGCAUCGGCACCCCUCCGCUCCCGUGGGUCGUCGCCCGGGUCGGGCGCCUACAACGCCCGUGUGCCCGUUAG